UGCCUUUAUGUUAGACAAACCAUCCUCUGGCAGAGGAGAAAUGAAGCUACUACAUCACCUCUUCCUGUUGCUGCUGUUUGCAGCAGCAGUGAGCACCGCUGCUCAAAAGAAUGAUCAGUAUCCGCCGUAUUCCCACUCUCCGCCACCACCUCUAACCUCGCCUCCUACUGGCAGACACCAGCCUCCUCCCACCCCUCCAAAGCAUACUCCACCACCCCAUCAUGGCCACCCGAAACCGCCCCGGCAGCAUGCUCCUCCACCACACCGCUGCCCUCCUACGCCGUCUCCCAAGUACGCCCCUCCGCCUCGGAGCUAUAUGCCACCUAGUCACCGGCACCCACCACCACAUCCCAGGCACCCACCAUCAGCUCCAAAGAAUCCCCCGCUACCUUCUCCUCCCUAUGGACAGCCCGCGCCGCCACCCCGGAGGCAAGGCCAUGCACCGCCAACUCACCGACACCCACCACCGAUUCAUAAGCGUUUGCCAAAGCGUCACAGGCAUCCCCCACCAGCUCCAAAAUAUCCACCUCCUCCUCCUUAUGGACAGCCACCGCCACCUCCUAUAUAUUCGCCACCCGCUUACUCUCCUCCGCCCCCGCCUCUGCCCGUGUACUCACCUCCCCACCGUGGCCAGCCACCACCAACCUAUGCACCUCCUCCACAGUAUGGGCAGGCGCCGCCACCUCCAACUUAUUCUUCACGUCCUCGCCAUGGACUGGCCCCACCGCGGAAACCAUCUCAUCACCCGUCGCCACCAAAACACAAGCGCCCAUCAUCACAAUACUUUGGGCCAUGGCCACCCCAACUGCCACCACCGUAUGCUUAAUGUAUCAUGACAGUACUGUGCAGGCUAUGAUCUCUUUUUGUCACUGGAAAAUGCGAAUAGUUUCAGGCCAAGCAGUAGACACCUAUAUAUAUGUAUGGUUUAGUUUACAGAUAAUAGCGGAAGUAGAAUACUGCUGCUGUUUCUGCUUUCCGUGCUGCUAGUUUGCAUUAAGUGAGUAGAUCCUGAUGUGAUUCCAAUAACUGACACAAUUAAAGAGAAAGGAAUAAUUGUGUAUCAAGUUCCGUCAA